AGUUGUGGCGUCAGCUGAGAAGAGAUGGCCUCGGCAGGUCCCCAUGCGGCCUCCACGCAGCCCCCCUUGCCCUCCGGACCGGCCGUCUUCAAAACCGUCCCCUACGCGUUCAUCCUACCGGAGAUAUUCUGCGGGACCUGGGUGUGGAUCCUCGUCGCUGCUACCUCCGUCUCCUCCCCGCUGCUGCAGGGAUGGGUGAUGUACGUGUCCCUCAGCUCCUGCCUCAUCUCCCUGGUGCUGCUCUUAAGCUACCUCUUCGGCUUUCACAGAAACAGCGACAACUGGAAAGUCCUGGACAGUUUGUACCACGGCACCACAGCCAUUCUGUACAUGAGCGCUGCUGUCCUGCAAGCCAACGCAACCAUCAACUCUGAGUUUGGCCCCAACUCACCGCUUUACUACCAGCUCAACAGCGCCGCAUCGUUCUUCGCCUUCGUGACCACCUUCCUGUACAUCCUCCACGCCUUCAGCAUCUACUACCAUUAA